AUGAAGUAUCUAGCGAGGACGUCUGUUGCCUCCGCCUUGGCACUUGCAGUUCUAGUAGUGCCAGUUCUCUCGAGUACCCAGCCCAGCUCUGGCUCAAGCGACUACGUUAUAGCCAAGCGGGCAAAUGGGGACAACAAGACCGGGACAACCGGGACAAUUCAUGGUGUUAUCAUGUCAAUUGUCUUCUUGCUUGGUUUCCCAAUCGGGUCCCUCCUCAUGCCUCUCGUGGGAAAGUGGCUCGUCCACGCCUGGUGGCAGAUUGUUGUCUUUAUUGGCAUGUGUGUCGGCUUUGGCGUUGGCAAGAUUGCCGCUGACCGAAGCGGUGAUUGGAUCUCCGACUCCCAUGUUGUGCUUGGCACCUUUGUCUGUGUUUUGAUGGUCGCACAACCCUUCCUAGGGUGGAUGCACCACCGAAAUUACGUCAAGCAUCAGCGACGAACCAAAGUCAGCUACGGUCAUAUCUGGUUCGGCCGAACCCUAAUGCUCAUCGGCAUCGUUAAUGGUGGGACCGGUUUACAAUUGUCUGGAGCCUCCUCCGGCCCUAUCAUUGCCUAUUCGGUGAUUGGUGCUAUUGUGUUCUCUGCUUAUACUGGUGGUAUUGUUCUGAAGGAGGUCAGACUGCGAGGAAAGAGAAUGGACGAUCAGAGCGCGAUGGAGCUCUAG